AUGUUGAGCAGUGAUGACAGUGACGAGGAAAAUACAUUGAAAAACGCUUUAAAUUCUGCAAGAGAAUUAUCUAAUAUUAAACCUAAUUUUGGCUAUUCUUUCGACAAUAUAUCAACUUUUAUACCAAACUUUGAAAACGGUAUUAACAACAACCACCAAAUUUACAACAUUUCCCAAGCUAUUGACUCUUCUGAUACUACUAAUUUGAAUAUUUCCGAUAGACUACUACAUUUGAAGGAAGGGCUAAAUUUUAAUGAAAAGUAUAAGCAAUUACUGCAAAGCGAGAUUGAAAAAAUAGAGGAAGCACAAAGAAAUGUAGGAACCAUUCAGAGGGACAUCAGAAAAGAGUUAAUACAACGACAGAAAGGUCCUCCAAUGUCACUUUAUCCAUCCCGAAAGAAUCUUUCUCAAAAUAAUGGGAAAAUAUCAAAAAAGUUGGCUUGUGAAUUUUUUGUAAACCUGGCUCAAUCAAAGUUAAAAGCCUCAGGUAGUUCUGCUAUUAUUGUUGAUGAGUACAAUACUAGGAUACUACAAUCGGCUGCUAUUGCAUCGAAAGGAGCAGAAAAACCUAAAAAAUCGAAAAAACAACAAAAAAAGAAAAAAAGAAACACAGAGGAUGAGGAAUAUAUUAGUGACUCUGAAUUCCAGUCUGAUGAUGAUGGAUAUGAUGAAGAAGUUGAUAAUGAAAUAGAUACAAUAGAGGAGAUGGCUGAAAAUACAGUAAUUAUUCAGGGACCAGCUCCAAACUCUGAUACACUCACUAGACAAGAAUUUCUCAAACUUGUUCCACUUGUGUUUGAUACUAAAAAGUGGUCUAACAAUGAAAUUAAAAAUAUUAGAUAUGCUGUCAGAUUGCAACAUCAAGAAAUGGAGUGUAAGAGAGUUUUUGAAACAUGUAAAGGAGAUAGUAACCUUUUAAAAAAAGAAUUUGAGAAGGUUAAAAACAUGUCAGGUGAGGAGUUAGAAAAUAUAGAGAGCUCGAAAAUUGAUUGGGAAAAAGUAGCAAAAUUUUAUGUAAAAACUAGGAAACCUGAAGAAUGCAGGAAAUUUUGGGAAAUUGAACUGGCAAAAGAUAUUAAAAAAGAUAACUGGUCUAAAGAAGAAGAUAUUAAUUUAUUAUAUGUUGCAGACGAUUCAAAGGGCCAUGAUUGGUCGAAAAUAUCCAACAAGCUUUAUGAAACUCAACCUUUAAAAAGAAGACCUAUUCAUUGUUUCAGAAGGUACCAACGAAGUUUAAAUACAAAUAUGAUGAGAAGUAAAUGGACUGAAGAAGAAGACAGGAAACUUAUGGAGGCAGUAAAGUCAUUUGGUGAAAAGAAUUGGCAACAGAUAGCCAAUCAAUUAGAAGAAAGGACAGGACAGCAGUGUCUGCACCGUUGGAUGAAAACACUCAAUCCUGCAAUUAAAAGAGGAAGAUGGACAGUUGAAGAGGAUAAGCGGCUUUUAAUGGCAGUUAAUGCAUACCCUUCCAACAAUUGGGUUCUUGUUAAUAGACACACACCUGGAAGAACAGACGUGCAAUGUAGAGAGCGGUGGUGUAACAUUCUAAAUCCAGUCCUGAAUGUUGGACCCUGGACGAAAGAAGAAGAUGAAAGUCUCAAGCGUGCCAUUAAAGAUCUAGGAGCUGGUAACUGGUCUAAAAUUGCUGAGGUAAUGCAUCCCAGAACUGAUAAUCAGUGCUGGAGACGUUGGAGGUUGAUAAGCUCAGAAGAAGUAUCAGAUUAUAGAAAGAAGAUUUACAAGAGGGAAAAGGCUCUCGUAAAAAACUUUGUUGGCAGAGAAAAGGAAAGACCUGAUAUAACUGCAGAUGAUCUUCAAAUAACUCAUCCAGAAAGCGACAAUAACUUGAUCCAACUAUCUAUUUCAGAAUUUGUAGAAAAAGAUAGAUCUCUGAUUUUCUCUCAAAACUCAUUACUUUCAAGUACUAUUUGUGUAGAAUCAAUGCAAUCAUUGCAUCAAUCACUCACCAUCCCAAAACUAAAGAGUGUUCUUGAAAUAGAAUGGCAAAGAAUGGACCAAAUACGUUUUCUUUUGGAGAAAACACCUUACUUUAUUGGAGUGCCACUAUCAAACAUUUUGAAAAGAGUUAUGAGCUUGAUGUUUUCUCUCAAGGGUACACUCACUAUCAAGCACAUUUAUAUUCCAGAACUACCUAAAAAAGAAAUUAGAAUACAGACCUUUAAAAGCAUGGUGGUUCCAAUAGAAAGACCAGUUUUCUCUUUCCCUUGCAUUGUACCAACCACUCUUUCUCCUUCUCUUCCAUCAGUUACCGCAACUAGUGUAUCCCUUAAUGCUUUAGCAACUCUUCAAGAUGUACUAUACAAUAGAGGUAGCCCAAAAAUGGCUACCACUACAGCAAAGGUGAUAGAUAUCCAAUCUAGUUCAGAGAAACUAUCAACUUUCCAAAUACCUGCUUUUCAGCCAACAACCAAAGACUGGGUUUAUGAACCGCCAACUCUUGUUCACAAUAACGCUUCUAUUUUACAUUCACCAGAGUUUAAAACUCUAUCUAGUGUGUUUAAUUCAUUAUUCCAAAAGCCUAUGCAACAAACGAUUGGUAAAUUGGCAGAGAGAUUACCUCAUUUAUUGAGACGAGUUCCUCAUGCUGAUAUUUUGAAUAAGUCUAUGGAAGAAUCACAGACCAAUUACCAACACAUAUGUCAAAAUUCAAAAGAUCCAUUUAUUAUACAACAAUCAAAAUGGGAAACAGAAAAAACUCUCAGUGAUCCACCUACAUUUUCCACCGUUUUUUCAUUAUAUCACCAUUUACCAACUGAUGAUUUGUUUAAUAGAAACGAAGCAAGCACUCUUCCCCAAGCUCCUUUGAUUCUGGUUAAGCCCAAAGGUGUGAGAGGCAGACCAAAAGGAUCAAAAAACAAAAAGACACUCGAACUCGAGAGACAGAGAAGGGAAGCAGAUACACAGAGCACCUUGUCAGCUGGUGGUAGCACUGCCGAAUCACAAGUAGUCCAACAAACCAACAGUGCGAUCACAAACACUACCACGGCAGAGGUCUCACAAAAGAGAGGAAGAGGAAGACCAAAGGGAUCCAAAAACAAACCUAAAACCCUUGAACAACUUACAGAACAAAAGAAGAAACAGUUGAACAAGCCAGUUGUAAGGAAGGUAUCCAAAAAUCAAACUGGUUCCUCUAAAAAACGAAAAACUGGGCAAACCACGGAUCUUACUCUUGACAGAACAACAGCAGAGGAAGAGCAAUAA